AUGGCAGUCUUGAAUCUCUCGUCAGUCUUUGCGCUCCCCGCAAAAUUGCGAUCGCCGCACUCAUCUGCACUAGCCCUAGCUCCAUUGUUUUCAUCCAGGCCAGCCGGGCUCCUCUCCUGUAUGACACUGCCAGCGUCUUCUUCUGGGUCUGGACUAGUCAAUGUGCGCUACACAAACUGCACACCAGCGGCUAGCGCCUUUUCUCACCAGCAAACCCGCUUCGUUCGGACCAAGGGUGUUUUGAAGCUCCACUGCUCGGAGUGCCGGUACGUGAUCAAGCGACGGAAUGUCCCAAUUCUCGGCGUCGAUUGCAACGCCAACGUGCGCCACAAGCAGCUGAUGACGAACCCGCCGAAACAGUCACGGCCGGUGCCGGACUGGUUGGAGCCCUGGUUGGAGGGACACCAGCUGCCCAGGCACCCCCGGUGGAAAAUGGAUUUCACCUCGGCGUACUUCACCAAGGCGAAAUACAGGAACACGCACUACUAGUUUUUCCGAAAUUUAGCAACUAGAACUCUGAAGAGACAGACGAAAGUAAAAAGCAUCGGAGGCACUUAGUUCCACUUAUAUCCUGUUUGCACUUGUUGAAGUCGGAUUGUGUGACUCUUUUCGAGUGGUUGCGGUCUAUCCUCGUGGUUGGUGUUAGCCACUACACAGGCGAACUUGAU